AAUUGCAAUGCAGCUUUUUCUGCCUUUUCCACUGUCUCUAAAGAUCUCGGAACCACCGUACAGGUGUAGGAGGACUAACACUAUUAGCUGCCUGCCCGACUCAAUUGCUUGCAUCCCACAAUGCAUUGCGGUCAGAGCCACUGUGGAGCUGGAAUGUUGUUGCUGUCAGUGGGAGCUUCACUAGAGAAACUUUUACAGACAAAAUAUGACUACAAAGCGGCUUUAAUAGCUCUUACCAGACCCGGAAUAUUUGUUUCCUACCUAGCAACUCGGCAAUAGCGUCCUGUCUUAAAGAAUGAACAUUGAAGACAAGUUGGAAGGCAUUUUUCUUAAAUGCAGUAGCACAGCAGAGAUGCAAACUCCCAGAGGUCUGGUUGCUCCAGAGCAGUCAAUGAUGGGUAAAAUGGGGUGCCAGGAUCCGGGGCUGGGAGAAAGUGACCUCCCCCAUGAUGUCAUUCUGGGUGAGGAGGAUGAUGAAGACCUACAGGACAGCCAUCUGCCUCAACAGGAGCUCAUCCCCCACGAUGAGCUCAUGGUUCACGAGGAGACAGUGAAGAAUGAUGACGAGGACCAAGAAAUGCAUGACAGACUUCCCCAGGAGCUGCACUAUGACAUGCAUUUACCGGUACAUGUUAAACAGGAAAUAAAGUUAUCAGAAGAGCCAGUACAGAUGAAAAAGGACAGUAAACAGCCCAGAGACAUGAUUGAUUGUCAGAAAAAGAAGAAAAGAAAACAGCGUUCUCCUGCAAAGAUUCUUACAAUAAAUGAAGAUGGGUCCCUAGGGCUUAAGAGUCCAAAGUCUCAUGUUUGUGAACACUGCAGUGCUGCCUUCCGAACCAACUACCAUUUACAGAGACAUGUCUUCAUCCACACAGGUGAGAAGCCAUUUCAGUGCAGCCAGUGUGAUAUGCGUUUCAUCCAGAAGUACCUGCUGCAAAGACAUGAAAAGAUUCACACUGGUGAAAAACCAUUUCGCUGUGAUGAGUGUGGAAUGAGAUUCAUACAGAAAUACCAUAUGGAGAGGCACAAGAGAACCCACAGUGGAGAAAAGCCUUACCAGUGUGAAUACUGCCAUCAGUACUUCUCCAGGACUGACCGGGUACUGAAGCACAAGCGCAUGUGCCAUGAGAAUCGGGACAAGAAAUCCAACAAAGCUGCAGCUAAGGCAGGACUCUUGGGAAGUGAUGAAGACUUGGGCCUCGCACCUCCCCCGAAGGAAAGCUCACUGCCAAAGAAAAAGAGGCAGAAGACCGGUGAGAAACCGAGGACUUUGGUGGCUCUUCCUGAGAAAGAGGAUGGUGGAGAGAACCUUGAGCAAAAGAAUGUCAAAAACGACUAUUUGCCUUUGUAUGCAAUUGCCUCCAAAGUGAAAGAUGAGUAUAUGGUGGCCGAGUAUUCCGUAGAGCUGCCGCACUCCUCUCUUGGUGGUGGACAGUUGGGUGAAUCGUCAUCUCAGAUGAUACACCCUCCUAAAUUAGUCCUUAAAAAGGUUACAAACAAGAGAACCCAGAAACAGCCCUUGGUCGAAAACCAGAAUAUGUCCCCUUUGUCUUCUUCAUUUGAAGAAAGUAAAGUUACCAAAUACUCUUUUGAACUUGUGGACAAGCAGGUUCUUCUAGACUCGGAGAGUAACGCUGACAUGGACCAGGUAGAUACCUUGCAGGAGGGUCCAAGCAAGCCUGCAGCCAGCAGUAAUAACUAUGAUGAUGCCAUGCAGUUUUUAAAAAAGAAAAGGUAUUUGCAGGCAGCCUCUAAUAAUAGCAGGGAUUAUGCCCUAAAUGUUGGCACAAUAGCAUCUCAGCCCUCUGUCACCCAAGCAGCUGUGGCCAGCGUCAUUGACGAAAGCGCCACUGUCUCUAUUUUGGACACACAGACGUUAAAUGUUGAAAUGAAGUCUGGCCAUGACAAGAAUGUUAUUCCAGACGAGGUCCUCCAGACUCUUCUAGAUCACUAUUCCAACAAGGCAAAUGGACAACAUGAAAUCUCUUUCAGUGUGGCAGACACUGAAGUGACAUCCAGCAUAUCAAUUAACGCGUCUGACGUUACCGAGGUCAGCCAGGCUGAGACUGUUGGGACGAGUUCCCAGGCCUCUUCUACAGAAAAAGCCAGCAUGCUCCAGGAGUAUUCUAAAUUUCUUCAGCAAGCCUUAGAUAGAACUAGCCAGAAUGAUGCCUAUUUAAAUAGCCAGAGCCUUACUUUUGUGACCGAGAGCCAAACUCUUUCCAGCCAACCUUUGUUUUCCACAAUUGAUAAGCAGUAUACCUUGUCUAACCGGUCCGGCUUUCGAUCCGGGAUGAACUCUCCAUUGAGGUCCUCUUCAGAGAAGUCUCACUUUGGGCUAAUUGUAGGAGACUCUCAGCACUCCUUCUCAUUUUCAGGGGAUGACACUAACCACUCUUCUGUCUCGCCUGCGGAAGACUUUUUAGAGCAGGUUACCUCUUCAAAAAAGACUGACACCCAGCCGAUCCAUCAGGCCUUUCAGAUCGGUACUUUUGAGCAGAACUUCAGAUCUCAGUUCCAAAGCUCAAGGUCUGGAAUCUCUUCCCAGUUCAACACUGCCAAUGGACAAGUGAGCCUGCGUGGACAUGGGGCUAGCACAGACUUCCCUGAGUUCCCUUUAGUUAGUGUGACUGAGAGCAGAACCCAGAUGACUUCACCAGAUGCCACAACCAGCCAAACAUUUGGUUAAAUGAAAUCUAUAUAUAAAAGGCACUUUACAUCCACACAUUUUUUGUUACUUGGGCUGCACUAUAAUGGGUAAAGUACACCUCAGUAAGUUAGUUUUGGACUCGCAUUUGUGGGAAACCUUUUUAAAUCUGGCCAACCUACAGUUUAAAAGGGUUUGUUUCCCUUUUAACCUACCAUUUCAUCCAAAGGCAAGAAGAAAAAUACCAUUUUUAUUUAUCUCGCAAUAGUUCAUUUGCAUGCCGCUUUAAAAUUUUUUUACUUCUGGGUUUAUUUUAACCUUGGAUUUCCAUACCCCAGAUUGUCCUGAAUAAUGCGACCAGAAGUCAAACCUGCCAGUCCACGGUCCUGUAGUUUCAAGUAUGGCAUCACUGUAACCCCCUUCCCAAGACAGUUAAGGCUUAGCAUUAUUUGCAGUUUAUUUAAUAAAAAAAAUAUGUUGGUAUUUGAACUGACAUUUGGUAUAUUUCUCCUUAUCUAUUUUUAUUUUUAGAUUUUUUACUUUUAAUAAUACAAUGUGUUUUUCUUUUUUGUUUUUUUUACUGUAUCGUAUUGGACCUGAACGUUGUAUUUUGGAGACUAUCGUACUGAUAACUGACACCGUAACUGAUGAACAGUUACACUGCGUUUGCUGUGGAUUCAUAUAUCAAUUAUUGGUAGCUGGCUGUAACUCUGGAUUAGAUCGGGGUAAUUUCAGUGGCAUUUGUCAGAACCUCGGUAAAGGAAAAUAUAAAACAUAUUGUAACUGGGCAAUGUAGUAUCAGACCUUUUAAAUAUAUGCUGUAGAGGCAGUUAUAUAAUGAUUACUGUUGAAAAAGUAGAAAUUAAUGUUUAUUUUGAAAUAAAAAAAUCAGGCACGUAUUUAAAGGCUGAUACAUAGUAAUCAGAUUUGAUUUAAUUGCAUUUUAACACUUUUUAAAAACUAAUCAUGAAAAUAUUGAAGAAAUUGAUAUGAUUUAAUUUAGUUUCAUUAAGUAUGUUAAAUACUUAAUCUAAAACCCCAAGGACAUUGGAUUUGCACUUAAUUGCCAUUUUAUAUGAUACCUUAUAAAUAAGGUAUGUCAGUUCUUAGGGAGUACCACAGAGCAUGAUAAAACAAGUGCAAUUGACCAAGUUUGUAUUGCAUAGUGCAUGAUAUUUAGUUUCCUAAAUGUUUUUUUUUUCUUUUUUUUGUUAUGAGAUAUUAUGGUGAAUAUGAUAUCAGUAUUUUUUUUUUUAUCAACUCUUUCAACACUGCAGGUCUUCAUAGAGGUUUUGGAAAUAUAUAAAGGUUAUAAUAUUUGAAAGGCUUGUGACCCUUUCAGUCCAUUCCAAUUAUUAUUAUUAUUAUUAUUAUUAUUAUUGUUGUUAUUAUUAGUUGUUUAUUUAGCAGACGCCUUUGUCCAAGGCAACUUGCAUAGACUAGAGUCUGUGAACUAUGCGUCAGCUGUAGAGUCACUUACAACAAUGUCUCACCCGAAAGACGGAGCACAAGGAGGUUAAGUGGCUUGCUCAGGGUCACACAGUGAGUCAGUGAGUUUGCCGGGAUUUGAACCGGGGACCUUACAAUCCCUUUUCUUUAACCACUGGACCACACAGCCUCCUAUACCAUGACUUUAAUACGUAAUUCAACAUUUAAGGUUAUCUUUCUGCAAAGUUGUAUUUGAGCUUAAUAAUAAUAAUAAUAAAAUGAAACUAACUUUUAUAAAAUAAUGCCAGACAUUUUAAAUACAUUUCAACACAGCCAGUGGCAUCAAUGGAAAAGAUGAUAGACAAAAUGUGGAUUAAAACCAGACUCCCAUUCCAUUUUGAGCAUUCCAAGUUUUCAUUUCCCACACAUGAGAUUAUUUAUGCAAACCAUCCCUACACAAUAUUCUUCCAUGUGGUGGCAGUUGCUAUAUAUCCAUGUACAUCUAUUUUACCAUCCCUGCAUUGAAUCUUGAUAUAUGGCAAGCACUUGUUCAACUGACAAGUACUGUUAAAUGCAAUUUCAACAAUGCACUACUCAGUGGUGAAUGUAUUUGUAUUUCCCCUCUCCCCACAUUAAACAGAUUUUCAAUGAUAAUUUGUAUUCCAUUGGUCAUGUUAAAGCCAUCAGUAGGUCUAUGUUGUACUGAUCAAAUAUGGUUUGGUUUUAAACGUGAUCUUACAGUGGGAAUAUGAAGGGAAAACCCUCAAGUGAAGGAAAAGUAGAUUUCAAAGUUUUAAAAAAACAGGACAGUUGAGUUUCCUAUUAGACUUGUACUGUUGUGUUUUCAGAUCCAAGUGAUUUUCAUGAAUCAACUUCUUCAACAAUGAGUCACUACACAGAUAGAUAACCCUACAGUACUAAGUCGCUUUCAUUAAAACAAAUAGUUUCUGUAUAUUUUAUUUCCUCGACUGCAGUGUUGAAAGGGUUCCAUUAUUUAUAGAAACGUGAUAAGGGAUAAUCUAACUUCUACGCUGUUUGUAUGUUCUCCUUUGUCCCAUGAGAGUGCCUUUGCAUACACAAUCUUCAUUUUUCAUUAAAAUUUAAUCACUUUUGUUAUUUGCAGCAUAAAGGCAAUGGCAUUUUGUUGUAUCGGUGCAUUUAAAUUCAGAAUGUGCCGUAUGUUCGUGGGAACAUUUUCAACACCUAAUGUAUGACAACCUUUCGGAUUCGUUUAUAAACCUUAUAUUUUAAAUCCCUUUUUAACUUUUUUUUUUUUUUAAUUUCUAGUUUAAAGUCAAUGGUGUUAUUGAUUGUGUACGGUUAACACUUUGCAAAUGCAGAUAUCAUCUGGAGGCUCGCUUUUAAUAACUUGUCAUUAAAGUAGUGCUGUAUUCUAGUUUUUCUGUGUAAAAGGCUGUACAUGUAUCAUAUCCUUGAAGUGCAGAAUUUUGUAUAGAGCAUAAAGUGUUAACCUCCUGCUAUCUGAUUUGACACUCUAAUAAUUGUAAAUGUACAAAAAAUUACAGUCAAGAGAGCAUUUCAGAUUCAUUGUAAAUUGAACUAUUUUAGACUUAUCUGGGCAACUGUAUACUUUGAACACACAAAAAAAUACAGCAAUUGAAUUUUAAUUGUUUGGUUGGCCCGUUUUAAAUUGUUUAAUGCACACUGUUACCAUAAUGGCUGUUUUGCUUUGAGAUGAUAACAUUUUUAUGGCAGUCUUCCCAGUUUUUAACCCUGUGUAUAGGUGUAUUGUGAGUUAUUGUUUUUUAUCAUGACUUGUACCCAGUGUUGUACUGUCUGUAUCUACAUUGUAAAUAUAAGAAAUCAUGACUGCUUUUUAUUCAGACAUUAAAAUCUGUUCUGACAAUCAAGGACAAGCAAUUGUAGUUAUGCAUUCCAUUUGGUUUAAAGGUGAUUACAGAAGGAGGUUUGUGUUGCCUGUAAAUAUGUCAUGUAUUUGAAUUUCAUACUUUCGGUUUUCUGUAAAAAUAACUUGUGUGAAGCCGGUAUAAUCUGAUUUCAAUAACAAUGACGUGCUUCUGAGCAAUAAUGUAUAAAAUGUUUAACUGGAUUCAAGCCAAGGGACAACUUCACAUAUUUAGAACGGACUGAAAAUAUAUGUAUUUUGUUAACUACGCAAUACUGACUACAGUUACUAACUUGAAAGAAAUUUAUUUUAGCAGUUCUCACAAAUUGACAGUUUUAUUAUACAGUUUCUACCCUGUUUAAUAUUUUGGAAACUUUCAUUAUAAAGUGCCCAAAGUAUCUUGUAUCCAGUGAAUUUAUUUCCAUUAUUGCAGUUCAGUGUUUAUUUUUAUUAUUAUUUUAAUAUUUCGUGUAUUUGGCAAUCGCAUUAGACUUUUGCGUGGGUUUUCAUGAGAAAAAAAAAAUAACUGGAUGAGCUGCAUUUAGUGGAAUAGUAUAGAUAUUAUAUAUCUAUACAGAGCAGCCAGCCCUGCUUAAAAUAAUUAUACUCGCACAAACCACAUCCUAAAUAUGUUACAUACAUUUCAUGGGAAUAUGUUUUAAAAUGCUAGCUGUUUAUGUUGUAUGUGCUUUACAGAAUUUGCUAGUCCUCUUUUUUUCUUUUGUCACUUUUAGUACACUGGUUAUCUAUCUUUGAUCUGUAAUGUAAGCUUUUUAUUGUAGCUGAUGCAUUUCCGUAGGAAAAAAAUAUUUUUGCAGUAUUAUGUACAAGUUUUGUUUGUUAAUCUAAUUAUACUGGAUAUCGUUUGCCUUUUUGUCACUGUGACUUUUUUUUUUAAACUAUAUAAAAUUGAAGAGAUUGUCAGAA